UCUUUUGAGCGGCACUUUUUUAACCCUUUAACAUGGGAUUUUGCAGGAUUGCAGCGCUGUGCUUAGUGCUUUCUUUGUUUUUACAAUAUGCUCAGUGUACAACUACAAGGUAUGUCACCUAUGAGGAGGAUGCACCCGGGACAGAGAUUGGAAACCUGUCCCAAGAUUUAAAGAUUGAUCCAGCUGAUGACCCGGACACAUCUUUCCGCUUCAUGCAGGAAAACAACUCCUCUGUGAUUGACAUGAGAGAGAUUGACGGACUUGUGAGUGUUGCAGAGAUAAUCGACAGGGAGCAGCUCUGCCCCAGGUCCCCGCGCUGCUUCAUCACCUUCGACGUCGUGGCCUUCUCCAAAGAAAAGUUUCAACUCAUCCACGUGGAGAUCGAGGUGAAAGACAUCAACGAUCACGCUCCUUAUUUUGCGCGCAACGAGACAAAGUUGGAGAUAGUGGAGAACGUCCCGCUGGACUCCAGAUUCCCUCUGCAGAUUGCUCUCGACCAGGACGUGGGUGAAAACUACAUUCAGAGCUACAACAUUUCCCCCUGUAGUCAUUUUGCCAUUGAGGUGCGCGAUCGGGAGGAUGGAGUGAAGUUUGCAGAGCUGGUGCUGGUGAGGGAGCUCGACAGGGAGGUGGAGGACUCCUACACAAUCGAGGUGACUGCAAGUGAUGGAGGAGUGCCUGCAAAGUCCGGGUCUAUGACUGUUAACAUCAGCGUGCUGGACUUUAAUGACAACAGCCCGACGUUUGAGCACAGCUCGCUGAAAGUUGAUCUGAACGAGGAUUCUCCGGUGGGUCAUCGGGUCCUCAAAGUGCACGCGUUUGACCCGGACGACGGUGCCAACGGCGAGGUGACGUACGCGUUUGCAGACGGGCUAUCACCAGAAGCGGGGCGCAUUUUCCACAUCGACCCUUACUCCGGGGACGUGACCUUGAAAGCGCUGGUUGACUUUGAGAAAAGGAGGUCAUACGAGCUGCACAUCAAAGCCUCGGACUCAGGCGCAAACUCUGUCCCGUCCACCUGCAAAGUUAUGAUCGACAUCGUGGACGUGAAUGACAAUGCACCUGAGAUCAGCAUCAAACCGAUGACUUCCAGCAGUGACGGGGUCGCGUACAUCACCGAGGCUGCUGCUGCGGAGAGCUUCGUGGCUCUGAUUAGCACCUCGGACAGAGACUCUGGCUCCAACGGGUACGUGCGCAUCAGCCUGCUCGGGCACGAGCAUUUCACCCUCCAGCAGGCAUAUGGGGACUCCUUCAUGAUUGUUACCAGCACUACUUUAGACAGAGAGAAGAUCCCAGAGUACAACCUGACUGUCAUUGCAGAGGACCUGGGAAGCCCACCCUUCAAAACUGUCAGGCAGUACACCAUCCGUGUCACAGAUGAGAAUGACAACCCCCCUCUCUUCAGUAAGACAUUUUAUGAAGUUUCAGUGCUGGAAAAUAACAUCCCAGGUUCAUAUGUGACCACUGUUGUCGCUCGAGACCCUGAUGUGGGGAAGAAUGCCAAAGUCUCAUACAAACUCUUAGAUUCAGAGGUGCCAGGUGGAUCCCCAGUGUCCACUUAUGUCUCUGUGGAUUCACUCUCAGGGUCUUUGUAUUCUUUGAGGUCUUUUGAUUAUGAGACUCUGCAGCUGGUUGAGCUGGUCAUCCAAGCUGAGGACAGAGGUUCCCCCUCUCUUUCAAGCACAUCCACAAUUAGAAUUAGAGUUGUGGAUCUGAAUGACAAUUAUCCAUACUUCACCUUUCCUGUCCUUGUAAAUGACUCUGCUGAUAUCCCUCUGCCUUUUAAUGCACCUGCCGGCUAUCUCGCCCUUCGCGUCUCAGCUGAGGACAAGGAUGAGGGAGUGAAUGGCGAGCUCUCUUACCAAAUCGUGCAAGGUGACCCGCAGCUUUUCGCAAUAAACAAAGACACUGGAGAAAUUGCUUUAAAACAAUGGCUGACAUCUGAAAUUGGAGACGUGCUGGAAAUGAAAAUCGCCGUGAGCGACAAUGGCAGGUCCCCGCUCUCCAGCAGUGCCACCAUUAGGUUUGUCGUCUCAGACACACAGCCCUCCGAAGACCAAGUCGUCAUUGUGUUGCGGUCAAGUGACGAAGAAGGCCUCAGCUUGGACGGCUCGCUAAUUGUCAUUAUUAUGCUCGGCGGGGGAUGUGCAUUGUUGCUGAUUGCAAUAGUGGUUGUUGUUGUGACAUGCAAACUCAGCCGUGGGGGGAGAAACCGGGGCUCCAAGAGAGAAGUGUGUCGCAGCCUCUUCGACGGCAGGCCCAUGCCCAUGCUGGGCCCAGCAGAACCAAACAUAUACACCGGCCAGCGAGGCUUCUUCCACGAGAGAGCCUCUUCCUCUCUGGAUGGUUCCUGCCUGUAUGAGGAGAGGAGUGGGGACUCAGAGACAAAGAUGUUCCUGCCCUCCAAGCAUUUCCAAGCAACAUCUGUGUGGCAAGGUGACAAAUACUGCUUGCAAGUGAGUGGCAUUGGCAACAGCGACCAGCUGAGCGUGAAGGACAGUGGUAAAGGGGACAGUGACUUUAACGACAGCGACUCUGAUAUCAGUGGCGAUGGAGGCAAAAAGAACUUCAGCACCUUCCAGCCAAGGCUAAAAAGUUCAUCCAAUGCUGCGAACAGCUUGUCUGUGGAUUGCCCAGGCACGUAUUGUGCUGUGCCACCCCAGAGCUUUAGAGGCCCCAGAGACAAUGCAUACACAAUAGGCUUCUCCCCGGUACCAGUCUUCAAUAAUCCUCAUGGCUAUCCUCACUUUUGGAAGGACUCUGGUUAUGGUACAAAUCGCCCCAAAUCAAGGAGCAGCAUGCAGACCUUCUCUAGAACCGGAACCCUGCCUUCUUACUUCCCCCAGCAGCAGCGUGACACUAGUGUUGGAGAUGCUGACAUCCACAGCCAGGGUCCAAAUAUUGUCACUGUGGCCACGGCGUUAGAGGUUGCAACUAUCUUUUAA